AGUAUCAGGGGCGUGAGUUUAAUUAAUAAAUUAUCUUUAUCGUCACAAAAAUUUAGUUACUAUUUUCUUAUGUCAAGUACUCUAGUUAUAAAGUAUUAAGCUUCUUCUAGUUAAUAAUUGGGCGUAGUUCUCUGGAAAAAAGUACUAAUAUUUAAAGCUGAUAUGAAAUGAACUGGUUAAUAGACGUUUUGGAUUAACAUUACUUAAAUGCAGGUCAUUCUCUAAGAUGAAGCAAAUUAUUUAAAUAAUUUCAUUGUGCAAUCGAUGCCGUGAUUCGGGGUAAUCCGGAAGAAAGGUGUUUGUUUUGAUAUGAAAUAUUUUUAAACGCUAUAACUAUAUCACAAUAAGCUUCGGAACAGACUUUGAAUUGAACUGUUACGGACGGAGAGUUUUAGUACGGAAACAGUUGUGAUUACAUGAAUGUGUCGUUUUGAUAGGAAUACUGGAUACACUAGGAUUGAAGAGGAUAAAAGAAGAUGUAUUCCGUCCGCCAACCCCUACGCAAAUCUCAACCAGGAUCAUUUCGUUACCCUACAACUCUACGGAUAUACACCCACUUCAGUACUCCCAGCCCCGCUCACUCCGCUCCUCAUUAUAGUCAAUAAUUUUGAUAAAUUAUUGAUCAUUCUGGGGGACGUGAAAAGCAUACAUGGAUUCCCCUUCACUUCCAGAAAAUUCUUUUCAGCUAAUAUAACGCUCCAGGCACCACAAGAACCAACCAACCUCUGAGCCCUUCAACGCCAGGAAGACCGAACAUCACGUGUCGUGCGAUGACUGAAACGUUUGUAGCUACUCUUAGGAAUACUGGAUACACUAGGAUUGAAGAGGAUAAAAGAAGAUGUAUUCCGUCCGCCAACCCCUACGCAAAUCUCAACCAGGAUCAUUUCGUUACCCUACAACUCUACGGAUAUACACCCACUUCAGUACUCCCAGCCCCGCUCACUCCGCUCCUCAUUAUAGUCAAUAAUUUUGAUAAAUUAUUGAUCAUUCUGGGGGACGUGAAAAGCAUACAUGGAUUCCCCUUCACUUCCAGAAAAUUCUUUUCAGCUAAUAUAACGCUCCAGGCACCACAAGAACCAACCAACCUCUGAGCCCUUCAACGCCAGGAAGACCGAACAUCACGUGUCGUGCGAUGACUGAAACGUUUGUAGCUACUCUUAGGAAUACUGGAUACACUAGGAUUGAAGAGGAUAAAAGAAGAUGUAUUCCGUCCGCCAACCCCUACGCAAAUCUCAACCAGGAUCAUUUCGUUACCCUACAACUCUACGGAUAUACACCCACUUCAGUACUCCCAGCCCCGCUCACUCCGCUCCUCAUUAUAGUCAAUAAUUUUGAUAAAUUAUUGAUCAUUCUGGGGGACGUGAAAAGCAUACAUGGAUUCCCCUUCACUUCCAGAAAAUUCUUUUCAUCUAAUAUAACGCUCCAGGCACCACAAGAACCAUCCAACCUCUAAGCCCUUCAACACCAGGAAGACCGAACAUCACGUGUCGUGCGAUGACUGAAACGUUUGUAGCUACUCUUAGGUAAGCU